AUGGUUCAAGUAGACUCGUCGUCAACGGCCAUCGGCCUCUUGUUCAAUGCAGCCAAGGUACUGGCUGACCAACAAACCAAAAUGUCAAUCGAAUCCGUUCAUUUUAUGGACGGCUUGGUGCACCUCAAUAUGCGAGACAUAUUGACAGGAGACGAUAAGACAAAAGAAGAGGAUACAAAUAUCCAACACACGGAUAUUAAUUAUCAGCUGGAUUAUGAUCUGGUCAGUGAGAGAUAUACGGGCGAAAAUAACAACUACUCCACGGAUUAUGACCCG